AUGGCCGGCAAGCUGCGGGCGCGCAGGGUGCAGAUCAUCAGCAUCGCAGCCCUCAGCACCCUGGGAAUCUAUACCCUGGUCCGGCUGUCGACAGCGCCGCCCUCCAUCCCACACGUCUACCUGAGCCCGAGCAAGCACGAUGCCCACAUCCCGGGCACCUCCCCGGCCCGCCCCGGCCAGGCCCAGGUCCCGAUACCACUGCCAAUACCCGACGCCGCCCUGUCCCCGACAGACACCACCGCCGCCACAUCCUCCCCACCACCCAUAUUAAAGCCCUCCAAGGAACCCAGUCCGGCGCCGCCGGGCACCCAGCACCCCAUAUCAUACCUGAUCAGCGCGGCCGAGGAGGAGAUGGGCAAGAUGGUGGCGCGGCAGUCCAAGACGCUGGAGCAGGCCGUGGCCGAGUACCGGCGGCGCUACGGCAUGCCGCCGCCGCCGCGCUUCGACGAGUGGUACGCCUUUGCGCGGGAGCGCGGGGUGCGGCUGCCCGACGAGUUCGACGGCGUCGCCGACCUGCUGACGCCCUUUUGGGGCCUGACGCCGGCCACGGUGCGGUCGCGGGCCUCGGAGGCCAUGGGCUUCGCCGGCAACGCGCUUCUGGGCGUCCAGGUGCGCCGCGGCGCCGUCGCCCACAUGUCGGGCGGCAGCGACUGGCACCGCAAGGCCGUGAGCGGCAUGCUGGCCUCGUUCGUCCGCCACCUGCCCGACAUGGACCUGGCCUUCAACGUCCACGACGAGCCCCGUGUCGUGGUGCCCCACGACGACCUCGCGCGCCUCGUCGCGAGGGCCAGGGCCGGGCCCAUGGCCGCCGUCGCCGUAGUGGCGAAGCCCAAGAACCGCUUCAGCACGGACCCUGCCGAGAAGAGCAGCAGCAGCAGCAGCAGCAGCGACAGCAACAGUGACACAAGACCAAGGCCAAAGGGGCUGGCGCCCGAGGGGGGGUUCGACCACGUCGGCACGACGCGGUUCAACAUGUACGCGCACCAGUCGACGUGGCUGCACUCGCGCUCGUCGUGCGGGCCCGACACGCCGGCGCGCGCGCUCGACGACUCGGAGCGGGCCGACGACCUCUCGGGCUCGCUCGCGGGCGAGCUGGGCUUCGUGCGCAACGCGACGGCGCUGUCCGACAUCUGCCUCAGCCCCUCGCUCGCCACGUCGUUUGGCUUCUUUGAGCGGCCAAACGCCUUCAGCGUCGUGCAGGAGCUGUUCCCAAUAUUCUCGUCGUCCAAGAUCUCGAGCUACUCGGACAUCGUCUACCCUUCCCCCUGGUACUGGUACGAAAAGGUGGCCUACGACGACGGCCAGGACCCGGGCUGGCAGGACAAGAAGGCAAAGUUGUACUGGCGCGGCUCCACGACGGGCGGGUACAGCCGCAACGGUGGGUGGAGGAUGCACCACCGCCAACGCAUGGUGGACAGGAUCAACGGCGACGGCGACGCGUCGCAGGCCAAGAUCCUGGUCAGGGGUCAGGGUAAGGGCAAAGGCGGCGGCGGUGGCGGCAGUAGCUGGGAGGCCAAGCAGGUGGCCCGCAAGCGCUUCUCGUCCCUCUUCGAUGUCUCCUUCUCGCACGUCGGGCAGUGCGACCCGGCCGACUGCGAGGCGCAGGAGCGGCACUUUUCGGUCAAGGGGCGCACGCGGCCCGAGACGGCGUGGCGGUACCGCCACCUGCUCGACGUGGACGGCAACGGCUUCUCGGGCCGCUUCUACGCCUUCUUGCGCUCGCGCAGCCUCGUCUACAAGCUCUCCGUCUUCCGCGAGUGGCACGCCGACUGGGUCCGCCCCUGGGUCCACUACGUGCCCAUGAGCCUGCGCGGCGACGAGUGGCUCGAGCUCGUGCGAUUCUUUAGCGGCGGCGAUGGGGGUGGUGGGGAGGAGGAUGCCGAGGACGGCGACGUGCUCGGCGAGAAGCUGGCGCUGCAGGGCCGCGACUGGGCCAACAAGGCGCUUCGGAACGAGGACCUCGAGGUCUGGUUCUUUAGGCUACUGCUUGAAUACGGCCGUGUUGUUGACGACGAGAGAGAAAGUAUUGGAUUCUCACUCUAAGGGGGGCGUGACAGAUGACCCCGAUCUAUUGCUCUAUUCGUCUUACUCUACCCGUGAUGAGAAAUGACCAUGUUAUUUUGAUUUUAUGACCCACCUUGUGCUCCUGGUAUAUACUCUACGAUGAAGAUUUGGAUAUGGCGCAUUGUUGGAGGCGUUAUUUGGAGUUGAAACAUCACCCUCACCUCCGGUAUCUAGGUUCAGCUGCUCUCUUCACAAAUACUAAAAAGGGG